CUCAUCGCCUCCUCGUACCGCCCCUUCCUUGCCCCCUCACAGCCCAGUCACCGCCCGACCCCGCCGCGCCCCGCGGGCGAUGGCGGCCGAGGCGCGUUCGGCCCGGUCGGGGUCGCCCCGUGUCCCCCCGGGGGUUCUGUGGCUGCAGGCUGCACUCCAAGCGAUGCACAGGGGAGGGGACAGCAGGGAAGGGCCUUUUCCAUGAAUUGUCCGUGUCCCGUCAGCCACGUGUAGGGAGACCGGCAGUUCCGAGCCCUGUCUGCGCCCUCCGUGCUUACUGAAAAGGAUGGGAAUGGAGCUGCCACACAUCAUAUUUUCCUUGUGCUUGAAGUAGCCACCAGGCCUCCUGACUUUACUUUGCUGAUCCAGUAUAGUUUCUGCGUAUUUGAAAAUGGACGAUGAUGAUGACAUUCCUCAGCUUUCAUCCCACACGUUGGCUGCUCUCCAGGAGUUCUAUUUGGAACAGCAGCAGAGAGAGGGCAUGAAGACCUCCCAAGGGUUUAAUCAAUAUUCCAUUGGCUCAAUAGAAGAAGACUGGCAACUGAGCCAGUUUUGGUACAGUGAUGAAACUGCAUCGUGCCUGGCUAAGGAAGCAGUUCUGGCAGCUGGAAAAGGUGGCAGGAUAGCAUGUGUUAGUGCACCGAGUGUGUACCAGAAACUGAAAGAACAGGAUGGUGAAGAUUUUUCUGCAUGUAUACUGGAGUAUGACAGAAGGUUUUCUGUCUAUGGAGAAGAAUUUGUCUUCUAUGACUACAACCACCCUUUGGACUUACCUGAAAAUCUCCUGCCACACAGUUUUGACAUUGUAAUAGCAGAUCCACCCUAUCUGUCUGAGGAAUGUCUUCAAAAGACUGCAGAGACCAUCAAGUAUCUAACAAAAGGAAAGAUUCUGCUUUGCACAGGUGCAGUCAUGGAGGAACAGGCAGCAAAGCAUCUUGGUGUGAAGAUGUGCAAGUUUAUUCCAAAACACUCACGAAAUUUAGCCAAUGAAUUUCGAUGUUAUGUGAACUAUGCUUCUGGGCUGGACUGAUUCUCCUAAGAUCAUCUACAAAUCUACAUCUUUUUCAGUCAAGCUUCUUUCUUUUUUUUAUCAGUUGUGCCGCAUUUCUCAGAGCUGAAAUAUUCCAAGUACUGUUUUCUGGGAUAGCUGGAAUCAACACGGUGUGGUAACCUCUCUUUUAAACGAGUAAGCAUUUGCAGUUACUGUGUUUUGUAUUAGGUAAAUGCAGACCAAGCAAUGCAGGUGCUGAAUAAUGGGAACUUCUCUGUUGGAGUUGCAUUUUAACUGGUAGCUUUUCCCAUCAGUGACCUCUUUGAUGUGAUUUUGGCUUAUAACAACUUGUGGGUGUUUGCCUUGCAGGCAUCAGAAUCAUCAUUGCCAAAGAACUUGAUAUUUCUGUAGAAAUGUGACCCAUACAUGUCCCUUAAAUCUUGAAUCAUAAUGGCUCUGAUUAAAUAUAGUGCCUGCUUUUAAUCAUUUCAAUAUCAAAGUAAAGAGGAUCCACGGGUAUGUCAAGUUUAUAGUCACAAGAAUGGUUAUAGUUUUCAUCCAGUUGUCCGGGUUUUUUUCUCUUUUCCACAGAGAGCAGCAGAGCAGUAGAAUAGAAGCAUCUUAAAAAUCAUUGAAUCUUACAAGGCCACUGAGGAAUAGCAUAUUGAUAAACUCCCACUGUUUCAAAUAGAAAAAUGUUAGAUUUUAUAUUCAAGGUUUGGACUAUGUAUCAGUCAAAAUAGAUGAUACAUUGGAAAAACUUUACAUAAGUAGAGAUUUUUUAUAACUGGGACUUUUGUGGACAACCUUUUUAUAACAGUGCUGAAAUAUUUUGGGGUGGAAGUUAGUUCAUGAAUUUCAAGGCACUCAAAGCUUUUAUAAUCUCUAAAAACAUUCCACAAAACACAAGCACUUGUCUUUGUAUGUCAUACUGUGUAAAGGUUAACAGAAAUGCUGCAUCUACAUAAUGAAUCACAUAAAAUCAAGUACUAAAUUUAUUUUGUGGUGGGAGUAAACCUAAUUAAGCUUUUGAGAUGAGACUUUUAUAAUAAUACUCAUGUUUCUGCUGUUUGGAUGCAGAUUUUCCCAUCUGGUAGAGUAAACAGCUGAGCAGGAAUAAUAUAAAUGGAUUAUAAUCUUCUCUCAGUGCUCAGAGAAUGGUGCUGUCUGAGCUGGACACAACAGUGGUUCAUUUCACCCAAGCCACUGUAUCUAUUCUCCCUGUUCUCCAAGAGAUCUGUUUGCUUCCUGAGGCUUUUCCCUCCUCACAUUUUAUACCUGCUGCUUGGUCCCUGCAUGUAGUGUUCCUGGGUUCCAUGGUAACAGUUUUCUUGCUCUUUCACACACCUUGGUUUCUGUCAGACUGGUCACAGGUGUUAAAACGAGGAAAGUGCAGCAGAGGAAGCACCUGCAGGGAGAACAGGACUCUCCCUUCCGCUCUGUGAGCCCAGGGCCCAUACAGUCUUGCCUUUCAAACCAGGUGCCAUCCUUGCUGCUGAGCCAGAAUUCCCUGAAAAUGAUUGUCCACAGGUGACAUACAGCUGGGUUUAGUUGUUUUCUGGGAGGCUAGACUGUCGCUUUCAUGUGGCCAGUUUGAAAAUAAAGAAAACCAGAAAGAUAACUGCAUAGCUGUUGGCACUAAUCUGUACUUUAACUGGUUUAUUACCUCAGUGUCUUGCACACCAAGCAGGUGGAGACAAUGAAGUAACUUACAGAACUUUGUUUUUAACUGCAUAGAGGUUUCAAGUGGGACAGAUGUUAUUGCCAGAAGGGUUGAUACUGUUCCCCUGCCACUCACCUAAAUUAGAAUGUGCUGUUCAAAUCAAAGCCUCAUCUAUUUUGCUGCUUUGCUCACUGCAUUUUAGUAAAUGUGUGUUAUUGGGCUCUCCAUGGCAGAGUUAAAAGUCAACUUUGCUGACUUCGUCAGAGAUGUUUCUUAAAAAGAUAGAAGUGCACCAUUCAAUUGUACCAAGAAGUUCACUUCCAAGAAAAUCACUACUGCUUCUCACAUGUAGGUCAGACCGCUUUGAAAAGGGGCACUGUGAAGAUGCAUAGUUGUGGAACUGAGGGUACAUGAAACUCUGUGCAGAUGCACUCAACACCGCAGCCCGUUGUGCACCAGCUUCCCUCUUAAAAGCCUGGGGAGUGCAGGCAGCUGCCCAAGCAGAGCUUGACUGCUGGCAUUUACAGCCUUCAUCAGUGAUUGGGAGAUAAACUAUUUUUGUCAUACUUGAUUCCAAGGAAGUAGGUAGCUUUUUCUGAGAAAAAAUCCAUAGUGAAUUUGUGUUUUGUGGCAGCAUGACAACUUCUAGUAUGUGACAGCAAAACCUUCUUUUCUUCUGUAACAGAUUGUGAAUAAAAUAUCAGUGUCAA